AAAAAGUCAAUGCUUUUCAUGUCCCACUCGUUUCAAGUUACAAAUGGUGUUCCCGCCAACCGUUGGGUGAUAUCAAAAAACUAGAAACAUGGCCUCCAUUCCCAGGGCGAUGCCGUUCCCACUCGUGGGAAGCUAAGACCAAGAGAGACACUGUAAUACAACAUCGUCGCACCGAGAAGCGUGAAGACAAAGCGCAGGGCCCAAAGGGGGAGGCGUAAGAUUCUGCCCGUCUCUCUCUGAUUCAGGAGAUGAAGACUGCAAAUCCCAGCGGAGAGGGACCUGUUCAUCGGAAUGGCUGGGAGAGACGAUCGUAGUCCCACCUAGCAUACGUCAACCUAAAUCUCUUUUAAUGUGAGCUGAGGUAAACUUCUCGCCCCAGACUCCGCGAAAGUGACCUCAAACGAUCUCAUCGCUCGUGCAGUCGACACAAAUGACCGAUUCUUCCCCAGGAAAUUCAUUCUUUUUCGUGCUUUGAUUUCGUACUGGUUCCUUUUUAUUUUUUUCCUAUUCUCUUUGUCAGUUCUCAGUAGACAUGCUUCUAAUAUCAAUAUUGUCAGUACUCACUUUUCUUUGCUCGGUGCCUGUCUCGGCUUCGCGAGUGAUCAAAUCCAACUCCCUAGACCUAUGUACCGACAACAAGAACUUCACCGCAACCUUUUUCAAUGUAACGUUUACGCCUGAUGACCGACUCCUGUCCGUGGGCUUCAACGGCACGGUAGCCAUCUCCGGAAAUGUUGUCGCGGACCUCUCGUUGACGGCCUACGGCAAAAAGGUCAUCACGAAGACACUGGACCCGUGCAAGAUGAAGGAACAACGCCUGUGUCCCAUGAACAUCGGCAAGCUGGAAAUCCCGGCGAUCCAGACGACUUUGCCGCAAAGCGUUAUCAAUCAAGUGCCGAACGUUGCAUACACCGUACCUGAUCUCGAUGCAUCGGUUCGCGUCUAUAUCAAUUCCACGGAUACGGGGGCCCCGAUUGCCUGCAUGGAAGCAAGCCUCUCCAAUAGUAAAACCGUAUACCAACAGGCGGUGGGGUGGGUUCUUGCAUUGUGUAUCGGGCUGGGCCUGGCUUCAUCGGGGAUUGCAUCAGUUCUUGGUUAUUCCCAUGCCGCGUUGCAUGUCGCAGCUAAAACCCUUGCGCUCUUUGGCUUUGUGCAGUCCCAAGCCAUCCUCGGAAUGACCAGCGUCCAUAUGCCCCCGAUCGUCGAGUCCUGGACUCAGAACUUCCAGUGGAGCAUGGGCAUCAUGCAUUUAGGCUUCAUCGAGAUAAUCGCCACUUGGUACCUUCGGGCCACAGGUGGUACCUCGUCAAAUCUGCUGUCUGACCUGGAAAAUACGUCGGUCAAUGUGCUCAAACGGAAGCGAUCGUUAGGUGUUAGCGCCGGCGCGUUGAUGAAGCGAGGCUCCAGUGACGAAGGCGCACCCGACGGAUCCAAAACCAUAUACGGCAUCGAUCGUGUUGGGUUCAAAGCCGGCAUUGAACGAACUAACAUUUUCAUGACCGGGUUCAUCUUCGUCAUUAUCUUCAUUGGAUUUACGAUGCUAAUCGUAGGGCUCGUCCGACUUAUCUCUGGUCUUCUUGCAAAAUCCGGAAAGGCCGACAGUACCAAGAUGGACAGCAACACAUGGGCGGUUAGUAUGAAGGGCAUUCUGCUUCGCCUGAUCCUCCUGUGCUAUCCCGCAGUGUGUAUUCUCUGCCUCUGGGAAUUUACUACCCAUGAUUCUGUCGCCGAGGUGAUCCUCGCCGUUGUCAUGCUUCUAUCGAUGACCGCUAUAUUAGUCAUGGCAGCUGCACGAAUCAUCCUCAAAGCAAGGCGCUCGGUCGAGAUCUACAAGAGCCCUGCCUUCAUGCUGCAGAAUGAUACGGUGUUCAUGAACAAAUGGGGCUUCCUAUAUGCACACCACCACCCGCAGGCGUAUUACUUUGUCGCGCUUAUGGUUGUGUACAUCUUUGUCAAGGGCGUCUUCGUCGGGCUAUGUCAAGUAUCGUCAGCCGCUCAAAUAGCAGCCUUGUUCGUCAUCGAGCUUCUCAUGCUGGUCGCCGUCUGCGUCAUCCGACCAUGGAUGGACAAGAAGACCAAUAUCAUGAACAUCACCAUCGCAUCCAUCAACACCCUUAACAUCCUCCUACUCCUGAUCUUCAACUUCCGCGAGCGCGACAUGGCAACCAGUAUCAUGGGCGUCAUCCUCUUUGUCUACAACGCCAUUCUCACUCUCGCCCUCCUCAUCGUCAUCUUAAUCGCCUCGAUCAUGGCCCUGGUCUCCAAAAACCCAGACAACAAGUACCAGCCCAUGAAAGACGAUGGCUCCUCCAUCAUGUCCCGUACGCAUAUGACAGAACUGGACGCCUUAGGUGCCGCAGCGCGAGGCUCUCCGGACCCAGGCCAAAAGCAAAACCCCUUCGCUCAUAACGAAAUUCCUCCGAACAACGCCCCUGGCCUCUACCCCUCAAAUCCAAACUCUCCGAACCAUAUGACCGGUGCAGCUCACUCCCCGUCCUCUCCCCUCGACCCAUCCGUCCCUCUCUUCCCCUCCAGCGACACCCGGAGUGGUUCACCCUACCAGUCUGGCGACCAUAGCCUCAGCCCGUCUGACUACAGCCAGCCCAGCGCCUCGCCAGUCAAUCGGGGAUACAAUGUCUCGCCCGUUCGCACACCCUCGCCGCAUGCAUACAGGACAGCCAACAACGCCAGUCCAUGGCAACGAGGAGCCGGAUACGAACACUGAGAUCCUAUCCUGUAUAACAAACAAGCACAUAGCCCUCGCGUAUCCUCGCGUGGUCUUUGCCGUGGAUACGUUAGACACGUACGAACGACAAUUGUCUAUAUAGACAACUGGCGAUUUGCCUGGAUGGGUCCCCCGAUCACCGGUGAGAUUCGCCAUCUGUACAAACAUUGUUUUCUUCGCACUCGGACAUACUUCUUAGAGAUAUAUAUAGCAUAUCAGCAAUUGACUCGCUGGACAACAGUACUUGGAAAUCUUGAUAUGAGUUUAAUCAUGGAAAUUUGGCUAGGAGUUAUGGUGUACAUAGCAGGUAUUAUAGAUCUUGUCAAUGAUUACUACUUGAGUAAUUCGAACCUUGUGCUCGAAGCAAACAGUUGCCUUUGGGAAGAGGCUCC